UGUGUGCGUUCAUCCUAUUCGUUGCGUUAACUCUCCAGUAAUCUCCCGCCCUCUCCUCUCCUCUCCUCUUCUCUCACACAGCGGUGCUCGACGCGCACAUCCAACCCUCCAAGUGUUUGUAUUGAACCGUGUUGUGUCGAACAAUAUUUUAAAGGGAACGCUCAGAGGAGAAGAGACUCAACUUUCCCAGUUACUGGAUCCUACAUUUAGUGAGAUAUUUUGGUGUUAAGGUCAGGAGUAGCCAUGCCAUUUGGCUGCCUAACAAUCGGAGAGAAGAAGGAUUAUAACAGUCCUACAGAGGUGACGGAUAAAUAUGAUCUGGGACAGAUUGUCAAAUCAGAGGAGUUCUGUGAGAUCUUCAGAGCCAAGGACAAAACCACGCUGAAAAUGUACACGUGUAAAAAGUUCCUGAAGAAGGACGGGAGGAAAGUUCGCAAGGCGGCGAAAAAUGAGAUUCUCAUCUUAAAAAUGGUGAAGCACCCUAACAUCCUGCAGCUGGUGGACGUCUACGAGACCAGAAAAGAAUACUUCCUCUUCCUGGAGCUGGCGACGGGCAGAGAGGUGUUCGACUGGAUCCUGGACCAGGGCUACUACUCAGAGAGGGACACCAGCAACGUGGUGAGGCAGGUCCUUGAGGCCGUGGCCUAUCUCCACUCCCUCCACAUUGUACACAGGAACCUGAAGCUGGAGAACCUGGUGUACUACAACCGGCUGAAGCACUCCAAAAUCGUCAUCAGUGACUUCCAUCUGGCCAAGCUGGAGAACGGCCUGAUCAAAGACCCCUGCGGCACCCCGGAGUACCUGGCGCCCGAGGUGGUGGGCAGGCAGAGAUACGGCCAGCCCGUGGACUGCUGGGCCAUGGGCGUCAUCAUGUACAUACUGCUGUCGGGCAACCCUCCGUUCUACGAUGAAACUGAUGAAGAAGAUUAUGAAAACCACGAUAAGAACCUAUUCAGAAAGAUUCUGGCGGGAGAUUAUGAGUUUGACUCCCCAUACUGGGAUGACAUCUCUGAUUCAGCUAAGAGUCUGGUGGCUCGUCUGAUGGAGGUAGACCAGGACCAGAGACUCACAGCCCAGGAGGCCAUUAACCACGAGUGGAUCUCUGGGGGCGCGGCUUCUGACAAGAACAUCAAGGAGAACGUCUGCGCUCAGAUAGAGAAGAACUUUGCCAAGGCUAAGUGGAAGAAAGCCGUGCGGGUAACCACCAUCAUGAAGCGACUGCGUGCCCCGGAGCAGGGCGGGUCCCGGGCCGCCAGCCCUGCCGAGGGAACCACGUCCGCAGGCGCGGCCACAGCGGUGGAGGUGGAGCCAGCAGACGCAAAGGCCCCUGCCACAGCCGCCAGCGCCACCGCCACCACUGACCCGGUUACCGCGGCAACCCCGGUCAUCGCGGUAACCGAGUGCGGCGCGGGGGGGAGCAGUGAACCGACGCAAGCGGUCGUGGUCGAGGUGGAGGCCGGUGGGGCGCGCGCUCAAGAGCAGCCGGGCGGAGCAGAGCCCGCGUCGCGUUGCAACGGAGACGCGGCGGCCCCCCUGUCAGCAGAGUCUGAGGCUGGGGACGAGCAGGGUUAGUCGUGAAAACUUCCCCCUCUACUUACCUCCUGCACACUGUAAAUUAGCUGCUAGCAUGGUCGCUCAGACUCUGCUCCCCCACCCCCUCUCACCCUCUCUCCUGCAGCGUUAGCUCCAUUAGCUCCAUCUCCGGGAAGCCGUCCUAGCUCUCUCCUGUGACUGUCGCGUUUUGUGUUUGCUCUCCUUUAUUUCCGACUCGUUUCUGUCACUUCAUACCGGCAGUCCUCCCCCGAUUAAGGCCUGUUGUGGUUCUGUUUGUUUCCGUCUUGACUAAUACGACCUUGUGGCGGUGGUACAUCUAGAGAUGUGAUGUGUUAGGGGCAUUACGGUCGGCUGUAGAGCUACACGCUUGGUGUUCCCUACCGGGAGACGUAACUGUGUCAAGUAGAACAACUUAGAUUCCUUUUUAUUGAGUCUAUCUCUCAGUUGUUCUCAGUCUUGCUAUUGCAGUAUUAGUUCUGUUGGAUUUCUACUUAUCAGCUUUGCUUUGCUUUUGAAUAUUGAAUAAUGUGCCAUAAUAUACAAUACAGUUUCUCUUCAUGUUGAUGUCCUGCCUGCACACAUAUGUACACGCACAUGCGAGUACACACACCGACACAUGCACGCACAAACACAGACCCACACACAC